CAUCCCACACCCACAGGCCCCCAGCCCCGCCCACUGACUCAGCCAGCCCAGUCUGAGAACAGCAGCCAUAGCGGGAGGAAGUAUCUCACCUCAGGAUCACCAAGAUGUCUAAGAUUUCGUGCGGCCCGGUGGUGGAGGUGCUGGGGGAUGAGAUGACACGGAUCAUCUGGGACCUGAUCAAGGAGAAGCUGAUCCUACCCUUCCUCGAUGUCGAGCUGCACACGUAUGACCUGGGCAUGGAGAACCGCGACGCCACCAACGACCAGGUGACGGUGGACUGCGCCAACGCCAUCAAAAAGUUCAACGUGGGCAUCAAGUGCGCCACCAUCACCCCCGACGAGAAGAGGGUGGAAGAGUUUAACCUCAAGAAGAUGUGGAAGUCCCCCAACGGCACCAUCCGGAACAUCCUUGGUGGCACUGUGUUCCGUGAGGCCAUCAUCUGCAAGAACAUCCCUCGCCUGGUGCCAGGCUGGAAGAAACCCAUCGUCAUCGGUCGCCACGCCCACGCUGACCAGUACAAAGCCGUGGACUUUGUGGUACCUGGUGCCGGGAAGCUGGAGAUCAGUUGGACGCCGGCCGACGGGAGCAGCGGAGCGAUAAAGGAAGUAAUCAACGACUUCAAGGGAGCCGGCGUGGCCCUCGGCAUGUUCAACACCGACGACUCCAUCAGGGCCUUCGCGCACGCCUCCAUGGUGUAUGCGCUGGACCGCCGGCUGCCACUCUACAUGUCCACCAAGAACACCAUCCUCAAGAAGUAUGAUGGCCGCUUCAAGGACAUCUUCGAGGAGGUGUAUGAGAGGGACUUCAAGACCAAGUAUGAGGAUGCCAGCAUCUGGUACGAGCACCGGCUGAUUGAUGACAUGGUGGCUCAAGCCAUGAAGAGCGAGGGUGGCUUUGUCUGGGCCUGCAAGAACUACGACGGGGAUGUGCAGUCAGACUCCGUGGCCCAGGGCUAUGGUUCUCUGGGCUUGAUGACAUCUGUGCUGGUGUGUCCAGAUGGCCGCACGCUGGAGUCCGAGGCAGCACACGGCACAGUCACGAGGCACUACCGCCAGCACCAGCAGGGCAAGGAGACCUCCACCAACCCCAUAGCCUCCAUCUAUGCCUGGACGCGCGGCCUGGCCCACCGCGCCAAACUGGACAACAACGAUGCACUGGCCAAGUUCUCAACAGGCCUGGAGGAGGUGUGUGUGGAGACCAUCGAGUCUGGCGCCAUGACCAAAGACCUCGCCAUCUGCAUCAAGGGCAUGGCCAGCGUGACGCGGGCUGACUACCUCAACACCUUCGAGUUCUUGGACAAACUGGCCGAGAACCUGAGGAACAAGAUGGCCUCUGCUUGACUAAAGGGGCCCCAUGCCAAGCUCUAACGCACCAUUCCCUGCCUGAAAUUCCAGUAGCUUUAGUUUUAUGCCAGAUUUUCUAGGCGUCGUAUUAGUCUUCAGUAACAAUAACGUGGCUGAUUCAUCUUUUUCGACCUGUCUUUCAAGGCAUGGUUAGCUGGUUUUGUUGAUUUUUUUAUAUAUCACUUUUUUACAACUGGGUUUGUAAUAUAUCGACUUAACUGUGAGAAUCCAACACUUCUAGCUAACUCCGUCCCAAAAAUAGGGUUAAAUAGCCAAACUAGCCACGGAACUGUUAAUAAAUACUAAUACAACACUUGCUAAAUUUGGCACUAGUGGAGGGAAGGGGCUUCAUAACAUUCACUUCAGAGGCAACCAAGAACUACCAACCUCAACUAGUUUAGCCUAAUUUGGGGAGGUUUUCCAUAGUCAGCCAGUGAUGUUAGGGAUAGGAAGUAGCCAAUUGCCUUCAAAGACCAUAAUUUAAAGUUUUAUAUGUAAGUAUUUAAAAUUGACGUUUGUAGAUAACUUAAAAGGUGUAGAUUUUCAUGUGUCUCCCAUGUUUUUGAAGAGGAAGUUGAGGUCCCCAUCUAGCCGGCCGGCCUCACCCAGGUGCUUCCAUUACUGUGAAAAAAAAAAAAAAAAAAGUCAGCCAACCAUACUAGUGCUGGGGACAGAACCUCCACAGAACCAAUCCAGAUGUGUGUGUGUGUGUGUGUGUGUGUGUGUGUGUUAGCUCAUGUCACGAGCAGAAAAUGUGACAUCAGUAUAGCCUCACAUUGUGUUUUUUUUUUUUUUUUUUUGUGUGUGUGUGUGUGUGUGUGUGUGUGUGUGUGUGUGUGUGUGUGUGUGUGUGUGUGUGUGUGCUGAUGAUGCACAAUUGAUAAGCAAGAGAGCAGCACAAAGGUUGAAUAAAAUGUUGUAGUCUGAGA